GUCGUGUGACAUGUUCUCUAUAUAUAAGACUCGUCAAUGGCCACCGGAGACAAAACUUUCAAACACAUAGAGACAGAGAAAACGAAAAUGGAGAUUUUGACAAGGAGAAGAUCAGGGGUGGUGUUGUUGAUGAUUCUUAUAUUUACGUGGAAAGGGUAGAGUCAAUUAGCAGAAAAUUUCUACAUCUCAACAUGUCCCAACGUUGAGUCCAUAGUGAACCAAGCUGUGUCCAUAAAGUUUAGCCAGACCUUCGUCACCAUUCCAGCUACUCUGCGUCUCUUCUUUCAUGACUGCUUCGUUGAGGGAUGUGAUGCCUCAGUGUUAAUUCAAUCGGCAAAUAACGAUGCGGAGAAAGAUGCUGCAGACAAUCUUUCCCUUGCAGGAGAUGGGUUUGACACUGUUAUCAAGGCAAAGCAAGCUGUGGAAGCUGUAUGCCCAGGCAUUGUCUCUUGUGCAGACAUUUUGACUAUUGCUGCAAGAGAUGUUGUAGUCCUGGCUGGAGGUCCUUCGUUCAAUGUAGAAUUGGGGCGACGUGAUGGUCUUAUAUCUCAAGCAACCAGAGUUUCCGGAAAUUUACCAGAGCCUUCAUUUAAUCUUACACAACUAAACACUAUGUUUGCAAAACACAACCUUAGCCAAAUUGACAUGAUUGCACUCUCGGGAGCACACACUUUAGGCUUCUCUCAUUGCGAUCGCUUCGCAAACCGCCUGUACUCAUUCUCUUCAUCCUCUCCUGUCGACCCUUCUCUGGAUCCAGAUUAUGCCCAGCAGUUGAUGGAAGCCUGUCCUCGGAAUGUUGACCCCAGUAUCGCCAUCAACAUGGAUCCUGAAACCCCGCAAACUUUUGACAAUCAGUAUUACCAGAAUCUAGUGGCAGGGAAGGGUUUGUUUACUUCGGAUGAGGUGCUAUUCACUGAUCCUGAUUCUCAACCUACUGUAAAUGACUUUGCUAAAAGCCCUGGUGACUUUAAUGGAGCUUUUGUCACUGCAAUGAUAAAGCUUGGAAGGGUGGGAAUUAAAAUUGGCAACCAAGGAGAGAUCAGGACAGACUGCGCAGCAUUUAAUUGAUGAAGGCAACAAUUAUUUCAAUUGCAUGGCUUUGUGAUUCUGAUACUUUUUAGUGUUGAAAAUCUUGGUGGAUCGCUUUGUGAAUUUGCCACAAAGAGACGACCAGUGAAUCGGCCAAUCGAUAUAAGAUUUUGUUGUUCCCGUGGAUCCCAAUCUGCAUUGAUUGGUUUUAAACGAGUGUCACAUCUUUUUACCUAUUA